ACCAACAUGAUCACAAAGACAAGCAUGAUCACCAACAUGAUCACCAUGAUCACAAAGACCAGCAUGAUCACCAACAUGAACAUGAACACCACAAUAAUUACUACAAACAAAAGCACCUCCAUGAUCACCAACAUCAGUACAAACACAAACAUGACCACAAUGACUAUUAUGACCAUCAUGACCAACAUGAACAUUCAAAAUACCUUGAUCAUUAUAGUGACAAUAGCCACGACCAUCACAAACAUAAUAAACAUCAUGACCAUGAUCACCAACACAACCACCAACACGACCACUAUGAUCACCAACACUUGGAUAAACACCAUCAUAACCACCACAAACAUGGCUACCAUGAACACAAACACAAGUAUGAUCACAACAACCAGAAAGACCAACAACAUGCACAGCAUAAGCACCAUGACUAUCACAAUAACACAGAUGACCACUAUAAUGAUCACCACAAUGAAGAUGGACAUCAUGACCACCGCAAUCAGCAACAUUAUUAUCAUCACAAAAAGCACAAAAAUCAAAAUGGGCAUCACAACCACCAUGAUCACAAAAAUGAUCACCAGGAGCACUACAAUGAUCACAAUGACCACCAUGAUCACAAAGACAAGCAUGAUCACCAAUAUGACUACUAUGAUAACAAAGACAAGCAUGACAACCAAAAUGACCACAAUGAUCACAAAGACCACAAUGAUCAUAAACACGAUCGUCAUGAACACAAAGACAAGCAUAAUCACCAACAUGACCACCGUAAAAAAGACCAGCAUUAUCACCAACAUGACCAAAAUGAUGACAAAGACCACCAUGAUGACCAACACGACCACCAUAAAAAACACCAGCAUGAUCACCAACAUGACCACCAUGAUCACAAAGACCAGCAUCAUGAAAAAGACCAGCAUGAUCACAACCAUGACCACCACGAACACAAAGACAAGCAUGAUCACAUACAUGACCACCAUUAUCACAAAGACAAGCAUGAUCACCAACAUGACCACCAUAAUCACAAUGACAAGCAUGAUCACAUACAUGACCAUCAUUAUCACAAAGACAAGCAUGAUCACCAACAUCACCAACAUUAUCACAAAGACAAGCAUGAUCACCAACAUGACCACCAUGAUCACAAAGACAAGCAUGAUCACCAACAUCACCAACAUUAUCACAAAAACAAGCAUGAUCACCAACAUGACCACCAUGAUCACAAUGACAAGCAUGACCACCAACAUGACCACAAUGUUGACAAAGACCACUAUGAUAACCAACACGACCACCAUAAAAAACAUCAGCAUGAUCACCAACAUGACCACCAUGAUCACAAAGACCAGCAUCAUGACAAAGACCAGCAUGAUCACAAACAUGACCACCACGAACACAAAGACAAGCAUGAUCACAUACAUGACCACCAUUAUCACAAAGACAAGCAUGAUCACCAACAUGACCACCACGAACACAAAGACAAGCAUGAUCACAUACAUGACCACCAUUAUCACAAAGACAAGCAUGAUCACCAACAUGACCACCAUUAUCACAAAGACAAACAUGAUCACCAACAUGACCUCCAUGACAAAGAUCAGCAUAAUCGCCAAUAUGACCACCUUGAUCACAAAUACAAGCAUGAUCACAGACAUGAUCACCAUGAUCACAGAGACAAGCAUGAUCACCAACAUGACCACCAUGGUCACAAAGACCAGUAUCAUGACAAAGACCAGCAUGAUCACAAACAUGACCACCAUGAACACAAAGACAAGCAUGAUCACCAACAUGACCACCAUUAUCACAAAGACAAGUAUGAUCACCAACAUGACCACCAUGAUCACAAAGACAAGCAUGGCCACCAACAUGACCACAAAGACAAGCAUGGCCACCAUGAUCACAAAGAUCAGCAUGAUCACCAACAUGACCACCAUGAUCACAAAGACCAGCAUGAUCACCAACAUGAACAUGAACACCACAAUAACUACUACAAACAAAAGCACCACCAUGAUCACCAACAUCAGAACAAACACGACCACCAUGACUAUCAUGACCAUCAUGACCAAUAUGAGCAUUCAAAGUACCUUGAUCACUAUAGUGACAAUAGCCAUGACCACCACAAACACAAUAAUCAUCAUGACCAUGAUCACCAACACAACCACCAACACGACCACUAUGAUCACCAACACCUGCAUAAACACCAUCAUAACCACCACAAUCAAGGCUCUCAUGAACACAAACACAAGCAUGAUCACAACAACCAGAAAGACCAGCAACAUGCACAGCAUAAGCACCAUGACAACCACAAUAACAAAGAUGACCACUAUAAUGAUCACAACAAUGAAGAUGAACAUCAUGACCACCGCAAUCAGCAACACCAUCAUCAUCACAAACACCAUAAAAAUCAACAUGGGCAUCACAACCACCAUGAUUACAAAAAUGAUCACAAUGACAAUCACAACCAUGAAGAUGAUCACCAUGAUCACCAACACCAGCAUAUUCACCACCAUCAUCACCUUGACCAUGACCAUCAAAAUGAACACAAACAUACUCGAUAUGACCACCACAACCACAAAGAUGAACACCAUGACCAUCAUGAUCACAAACACCAAGAUAAUUACAAACAUGAUCAUGAUAACCAAAACAGUGAACAUGACCAACAGGACCAACACAACCACAAAGAUGAACACCAUGACCAUUAUUAUCACCUACAACAAGAUGAUUACAAACAUGAUCAUCAUAAUCACAACCACCACCAUGAUGAUCAUGAUCAACACAACCACAAAGAUGAUCAUAGUAAAAACAAUCACCAUGACCAUAAAUAUAGCCAAGAUGACUCUAUACAUUCCUCUGACAUGCAUUAUCAUGAUGACCACCACCAUGGCCACGGCAAACACAAACACAAUCAUAAGCACCCACAGGACAAUGACCACAGCCACCAACAUAACCAUGGCAACCAUGCUCAUCAACACCAGCAUGAUUACCACAACUACCAACAUGGCCAUGACCACCAACAUGACAGCCACGACCAACAUCACCACAAAGAUGACAAUGAUGACCACCACAAACACCAAAAAAACAAGCACCAAUAUGAUUCCCCACACUACCACAACCACCAACUUGACCAACAUGAUCAUCAUGACUACAAUUACGAACACCACAAUCAACACCAAGGCCAUGAGCACCAACAUAACCACAAACAGGACCAAUAUGACCAACACAACCACAAAGAUGAAAACCAAGACUACCAACAUUAUCAUAAACAAACUGAUGAUCGCCAACAUACCCAGCACUACUACGAUGAACAUGACCCUGAAUAUGACCAUGGCCAUCAACAACACAAUCACCACAAUAAAAAAUACAGUCACAACCACAACCACUACACUGAUCAAAGGCAUCACCAACACAAACAUGACAACAAUGACUACAACCACAAAGAUGAACACCAUGGUAAUCAUGGUCACCAAGACCAGAAUAAUCACAAACAUGAUGAACAGAACCAUCAUGAACAGAACAACGACCAACAUCACGUUGACCAUGACCACCAACAAAAACAUCACAACCACAAAGAUGACCUCCAUGAAUGCUAUUACGAACACAACCAUGAAGAUGAUCACCAUGACCACCAAGAUCUCCACGACCAUGGACAUGACCAUCAUAACCAGAAACUUGACCACCAUGAUCAGCAAAACCCCAAAAAUGAACAAAAUGACCACCACGGUCAGCAACACAAGCAUGAUCACAACCACCACCAUGACGAACAUAAACACAAACAUAAUCAUCAAGACCUCCAGCACCACAAGGAUGAUCACCAUGACCAUAACAAACACCAAAAUCAGAAUGAUCACAUCAACCAGGAUGACCAUAAACAUGAACAUCACAACCACCAUGAGCACAACCACGAAGGUGAUCAUGAUGACAACAACACUGAUGAUAACUGUGAUCAACACAGACACGAAAAUGAACAUCUUGACCAUGAUCACCAACACCAGGAUGAUCACAAUCAUGACCACCAUGACCACCAAGAUGACCAUCAUGAACAAAAAGAUGAACACCAUGACCAUGAUCACCAACACCAGGAUGAUCACAAACAUGACCUCCAUUCAUCCAUCCUUCCAUCCAUCCCUUUUAUAUACCCAUUUAUUCCUUUUCUAGGGUCACGGGGGUCACUGGCGCACAUAUCCAGCAAUUACGGUGCGAGGGGCGGGGCAGACCCUGAACAGGUUGCAAGUCCGUCAGAGGGCCAC